AAGAUUCAAUGAUAAUAUUAAUAAUAUUAAUAUUUUAAUAUAAUAAAAUUAUUGUUAAAAACAGUAUUAUCUUUUCAAUACUUAAAGAAUGAGAGGUAGAGAUUACUUUUUUUCAAAUUCUGAGAAAAAUUUAGAAACUGAUAAAUUAUUAUUAAUUGGGCGCGCAAACGAAAUUUUCGUGCGUCUUAUCAAUUACAAUUCGAUAAGAUUAAUAUUGAUAAUAAAUAUUGUCCACAUUCAAAAAUACCUAGAAAACAAAACUGCGUUAUUCAAUAUACUGUAAAGCAUGUCAAAUUCUUUAAGAGAAAUUUUCCAAAAAACUGAUCCUCGUGUCCAAACUUUGGGUGAUUAUAAAAAAUCAAUUAACAACAAUAAAAAUGUUAAUUUUAAAGAAAAUCAUAAUGAAAGACACGAGACAGAAAUGCAUUUAUGGGAUGUAUUCAAACAAUUUCCUCCCCGACCAAAAAGUGGUUCAACAGUCGAGCAUAAGGGCUACGAAUUUUUCAUAAAGUGUCUAAAAGUGUUUGUUUAUUUAAUUAUCUUCUCAGCAAUUCUCUCCUUCAGUGUGAUUUCAAAGUUUACCAUUCUUUUCGCUACUACGAAUAUUAAUUUAGAAUCCGUUCAUUUUUGCAACUCAGAUGAGAACAAAUCGUCGGAUGAGAAACUUUUAGCAAAUUUACCACAAAGUGGACGUAUCGCGUGGAUGUGGUGUAUAAUAAUGGCUUUCAUCAUACCGGAAGUCUUAGGAAUAAUUAGCGCAAUCAAAGCUUGUAUAUUCAAGAAUAUUAAAAUGGAUGAAUUCCCUUCAUUCGUAAAUUUUGUAUUUUCAAUUUUUAUUGAAAUUUUACACAGCGUGGGAAUGGCUUUAUUAUUUUUAGUUUGUCUGCCAAAUCUCAAUGUUCUUCAAGCUGCUUCUAUUAUGAGUUGCAUCUGUUUCGUACCCAGUUUACUUGCUUUCAUUGGAACUGGUACCAAAUAUUAUUAUAGUCGACAGUUAAAAAAUCUUCUUCCUGUUUUGGCAGAUGGCUUUGCAUUUGCUUUACAAAUUACAGGAUUAUUAGCAAGCAUUUUUUUUCAACAUAGAGACAGAUCUGAAUCAAUGUACAUUCUUCCAGUAGCUUUGAUUUUAUCUUCACUUCGUUGGUGGCCAAAUUAUGUUUCCUCCGAAGGAAAGUCAGAAUCUUGGUUGAGUAAGAUAAAAAAUGACUUGGAGCCAACACGAUUUUGCCUGCAAGGUGUCACAGCGAUUGUUAGGAUAAUUGUUUUCAUAAUGAGUGCUCUCUUAAUUGCCUACUUUAAGAAUUACGAUUUAACUCAAUUUUUUAACGGUUUUUUGGUAAAGGAGUACAGUAUUCCAGUUACAAAUUCUGCAGGAACAACAGUAAUAUCGCUGAAUAAAAGCUCCUCCGUACAAUUUAAUUUUCUAAUCAUACAUGCCUUCAGCAGUGUCUUCGCUUAUGCAUUUGGCAAAUUUGCGUGUAAAACUUUAAUGCACAAAUUUGGAUUUGCAUUACCACUUGUACUAUCAACACCGACUAUUAAUAUUAUUCUACUUUUCGGUUAUAUUUCAAGGGAGAAAAAUACAUGCGCUUUCCAUGGAUUUAUUCCCGAUUAUCUAUUUUUCGAUGUUCCUUAUUUAGAAUCAUUUGAAAUGAUCGUUUCGGAAUGGUACCUUUGGCUAUCGAUUUUCUUGUGGAUUUCACAAGUGUGGAUUACGUUUCACACGUGGACAUCUAAUUGUGAAAGAUUAGCAAAAGCAGAACAUAUUUUUGUUAUUUUAACUUAUGAUUCUCUCAUUAUCGAUCAAUGCUUAUCCCUAAAUCGAAGACGAGAGAGAAAACUUAAAUAUACCGGAGUUCCACUAAAGAAGGACAAUGAUGUUAAAGUCGACGAAAGCCUCACGUUUAUAAAAGUCUGUGCAACAAUGUGGCAUGAAACGGAAAAUGAAAUGAAUAAAUUGAUUAGCAGUAUAUUAAGAUUAGACAGAGAUAAUUGCGCUAUGAGAGUUGUUCAGGAACAUUUUGACGUUCGCAUUCCAGAUUACUAUGAUCUUGAAGGUAAUAUUUAA